GAGAGCGAAGACCCGACGGGCGCCACGACCGCCCCGGUUAUCCUCACCCCGAUGCAGCAGCGCAUCUGCAACCUGCUGGGAGAAGCCACCAUCAUCAGUUUGCCAAGUGGGGACUGCAGCACAGGUGAUGGGACCGAGAUACCCAUCACCGCGUCAGCCACCACGGUCACCCUGACCCAGAUUCCUGCAGAGACAACCUACCACAGUCUGGAGGACGGAGUCGUGGAGUACUGCACAACAGAAGCCCCCACCACAGUCACCGCUGAAGCGCCCUUGGAGAUGAUGGCACAUCAACACGAGGUGUCUGCGAAACCCCAGGAGCUGAAAAGCCGAAUUGCUCUGAACUCAGCCAAGCUCUUGCAGGAGCAGCGAGUGACCAACUUGCACGUGAAGGAGAUUGCCCAGCACCUGGAGCAGCAGAAUGACUUGCUGCAGAUGAUUCGUCGCUCUCAGGAGGUGCAGGCAUGCGCCCAGGAACGACAGGCACAAGCCAUGGAAGGGACGCAGGCGGCACUCAGUGCCCUCAUCCAGGUUCUCCGCCCCAUGAUUAAGGACUUCCGUCGAUUUUUGCAGAGCAAUACACCCAGCCCAUCGGUCACCGCUGACUCCAGCCAGACUGGGCAGCAGGAUGGCAUGAUCCAGUGAAAGAAACAGAGAUGGGAUGUCUUUCUUGGUAAAAACCUGCCCGUGCUGUCAGUGGACACAGGGAACAAGGGGCACUAGCUCUCCUUAAUGAAAUGGCUUUGCCUUGGAGUCUUGCUGAGCCUACCCAGCUUUCUUUCUCUGUUCACCUCAUGCUAAUCUGCCUUUUCAGACUCAUCAUACAGAGCUGUAGCAGGAUGUGUAAUAAACCAGGAACUUAACAUUGGUUGCUUUAGUUUCUCAAACAAUAGAUUUAUUUAAAAAAAAAGAAAAAAAAAAAAGACAGUUAUUUUUUUAUUUCUGUUUGGAAAAAAC